AUGAAGACAAUCAUUGUGGGAAUUGGAGGGAUGACCAAUGGGGGAAAGUCUACUCUUGCAGUGAGGAUGCACCAGCACAUUCCCAACAGCUGUCUUAUUUCCCAAGAUGAAUACUUUAAGGAGGAUUCUGUGGUGCCUGUCGAUUCAAAUGGAUUUAAGCAAUACGAUGUGCUGGACGCUCUCCACAUGGAUCAGAUGAUGGAUCACAUAGAGACUUGGAGGAGAGACCCUCUGAGUUUUAUGACGCAGAAAAGCCUCACACCCUCAGAAUCAUUGUCAGUGUUUGUGUUGAUCGUGGAAGGAUUCUUGAUAUUCAACCACAGGCCAUUGAAUGCAUUAUUUGACAAAAAGUACUUCUUGGAAAUACCAUAUGACAUUUGCAAGAAGAGAAGAAGUUCUCGUGUAUAUAUCCCUCCGGACCCCCCUGGAUACUUCGAUGGACAUGUAUGGCCAAUGUACCUCAAAAACCGCAAACAAAUGGAGGCAAUUGUGUCAGACAUUGUGUUUGUAGAUGGGCUGCGAGAGAAGGAUCAGCUGUUUGAUUCCGUGUGCAACGACGUCAUGGAAAUCAUUGAGGAGCUAAAAGACUGUAUCACAGACCAACACCAAUAA